AUGACCAGAACCUCUGUUCUUGCCGACGCUCUGAACGCUAUCAACAACGCCGAGAAGACCGGUAAACGUCAGGUACUCAUCAGACCUGCUUCCAAGGUUAUCGUCAAGUUUUUGACCGUCAUGCAAAAUCACGGCUACAUUGGAGAGUUUGAAUUCAUUGAUGACCACAGAUCCGGAAAGAUUGUUAUCCAGCUGAACGGUAGAUUGAACAAGUGUGGUGUUAUCUCCCCAAGAUUCAACGUCAAGAUUGGUGACAUUGAGAGAUGGACUGACAACCUGUUGCCAGCUAGACAAUUUGGUUUCGUUAUCUUGACCACCUCCGCCGGUAUUAUGGACCACGAGGAGGCCAGAAAGAAGCACGUUUCUGGUAAGAUCUUGGGUUUCGUCUACUAG